AUGGGUGAAUACGUUGAGCCUAGCUCAACAACUCAUGUCAUCGAGCAGUUGGUCAAGCCAAGCAAUGGUGGCUGGCUCGAAUCUGUGCCCCUCUCAGCUGUUGGGGAUGGAAGCCAAAAUGAGAUUCUCGUGCUUGCCUGGGUUCUUCUUCUUUCUCGCGGAACAGUCAACAGUGAUGACGGAGCAUUCUCUUGGAGUACAGGUACUGAAAGCUAUGGGUGCCAUCUUGCGAGCGUCAUUGGAAGCGGGGAGACAUCGCUGAGAGAAGCUCUCGGGAUUAUUCAAAGCAUGAACCAUACCACGAAGGAAGAACCAAAUACGCUACUAUUUAGCAAUGCCACACCUGGAGCAGAAUCCACAUUUUUGCUUGAGGCAAGAACAUCGCAAGGUCAACUGUACUUGCGCGGAGUCCCCCAAUCGCAUAUCGCGACACAGCCCGUUAUGCCACUCCUUCCCCAGAUAUUCGCCGACGUCGUGUCCUCGAUUGCAGACAGCCUCGAUCAAACUGUCACGCAGAAUACUCGAAUCGGGGGACGAGAAUUAUCACAGAUAUGGAAAUGGAAUGGCCCAAUGCCUCCUAAAAUAGACCAAUGCAUCCAGAAUAUGAUCAGCGCGGUAUCUCAAGCUCAAGGCGAGCGUCCUGCAGUUGUUUCCUGGGAUGGAACCAUGUCCUAUUCACAGCUUGAGGACAUGUCAACAAACCUGGCUUGCCAUCUGGUCCACCUGGGAUUGAAAGUGGGCCAGGCAGUGCCUCUCUGCUUUGAAAAGUCCAUGUGGACGAUUGUUGGAGUCCUGGCAGUGAUGAAAGCCGGUGGAACGUUGGUCCUGAUGGAUCCAAGCCAGCCUGAGGGACGCCUGGCAACAAUUGCAAACGAAGUUGAUGCAAACUUGAUCUUGACUUCUGAGCUUCAGGCCACCCUUGGUCAGCGAAUCGUACCUGGAGGCAAGCAGGUGAUCGUCGGACCGUUGAUUGCGCGAGAGGAAUUCCGGUCAUCCCCUGUCGCUCUGCCCGUGGUCCCAGCAUCAUCCCCGCUUUAUAUCCAAUUCACAUCUGGAAGUACCGGCAAGCCCAAGGGUGUUGUGAUCUCACACUCGAGUUACACUAGUGGCGCAGUACCGCGAGCUGCGGCCGUUGGGUAUGGAGCCCAUUCGCGAGUCCUCGAUUUCCCUUCAUACGCAUUUGACGUGAGCGUGGAUUGUAUGCUAUGCACUCUGGCCAAUGGGGGAUGCAUCUGCGUCCCAUCGGAAGAUCAGCGAGUCAACGAUCUGAGUGGAGCCAUCCGGAGCAUGAGCGUGAACAUGGCUCACAUGACACCAUCCGUGGCACGCGUCUUGGCCCCCGAUAUUAUGCCCUCAUUGGAGGUCAUUGGGCUGGGAGGCGAGGCAAUCACAGCCAGUGACGCAGCCGAUUGGGGCCAAAAGACCAAAAUCGUCAUCGCCUACGGUCCAUCUGAGUGCACAGUGGGGUGCACAAUCAAUAACAGCAUCCCCGAGGGCAGACUAUACACCAGCAUUGGGCAAGGUGUCGGUGGAACCACUUGGAUUGUAAAUCCAUCCGAUCAAAAUCAGUUGAUGCCCAUUGGUGUUGUUGGAGAGCUGCUCAUCGAAGGCCCCGUGGUGGGCGAUGGCUAUCUCAACAACCCCGAGAAGACCGCAGAGGUCUUCAUCGAAGAUCCCGAGUGGUUGCUUCAGGGUGGAGGGGACUUCUCAGGCCGCAGGGGACGUCUUUAUAAGACCGGAGAUCUGGUACGGUAUGAUCCAGACGGAUCAGGGUGCAUUGUCUUCAUCGGCCGGGCGGACCAACAAGUGAAACUGCGCGGUCAGCGCGUGGAACUUGGAGAAAUCGAGUAUCAUGUUCGCAACUACCUCCCUGACGGUAAGGAUGAUGCCACCCUGGUUGUCUUCGUCGCAGAGGAAAAGAGCGAGAGCACUGGAACCAUUUGCCAAAUCACUUCCUUUUCAACCAAAUUUCAACCGCUUCUUGCUGGUAUUGAUGAUGUUCUUGCCAAAAACCUUCCACGAUACAUGAUCCCCACAACAUAUAUUCCACUGAAUCAGAUGCCACUCAUGGUUUCACUCAAAACGGACCGAAAGCAGCUCCGUGCCCUUGGUCUCAGUCUGACCAAGCGGCAAAUCUCCGAGCUCAAGUCCUCCACGGUGGCCAAAAUACCGCCACGCACCGAUAUGGAACGCAAACUUCAAAAUCUGUGGGCGCGAAUUUUCGGGGAUGUGGAGAUUGGAGUCAAAGAUCAUUUCUUCGGUCUUGGGGGUGACUCUCUGAAGGCGAUGAAGCUUGUUGCUGCAGCAAGGGAGAAUACUCUGGCGAUUCAAGUCACCGAAAUUUUCCAAUCCCCUGUGUUGGAGCAUAUGGCAUUGAAACUUCACCAGAUGGAAGGAAACACUUCACUGGAGGUUCCACCAUUUUCGUUGCUUCCAGCAGACUGGGAGGCAGAAUCAGCCCGCAUCGAAGUUGCAUCUCUGAGUAACUUGGAUCCCUCAGUGGUCGAAGAUGUGUACCCUUGCACCCCUUUGCAGGAAGCGCUCAUGGCACUUUCGGCCAAGUUCAUGGACGCAUAUGUGGCUCAGAGAGUCAUUGAGCUGCCACAUGCUCAAUCUGCAAACAAACUGCGGUCUGCGUUUGAGACUGUAUCAGCACAGUCUGAAAUUCUUCGCACAAGAAUUGUUCAAGUUCCACGUCGAGGUUUGAUGCAGGUUGUCGUGCGAAAGAGUGACCCCUGGCUGGAAGCUUCCACCUUGGAGAAUUACCUGCGUGAUGAUACCCUGAAGGGGAUGUCACUGGGUACUGACCUGUCCCGAUUCGCCACUAUAAACGAUGAAGCAACUGGGAAAAGCCAUGUCGUCCUGACCAUCCAUCAUGCGCUCUAUGAUGGUUGGUCGAUGCCAUUAAUCGUUGAACGCGUGAAUCGCGCCUACCGGGGCGAGGAUAUCGGGAGCCCGGCACCCUUCAAAAAUUUCAUCCACUGGCUCAAUAGCACAGACAGGUCUUCGUCUGAGAAUUACUGGAGAGAGCAACUGCAAGGUGCAACAGCUUUGCAAUUCCCAGUGCUUCCCUGGUCUGGUUACCAAGCUCGGGCCGACUCUCUUUUGGAGCAUUACGUCAAUCUACCAAAUGGCUCAUCCAGCUCAACAAUCAGUAUCGCAACUGCCAUUCGUGGUGCUUGGGGUCUUGUCGCUGCGGAAUACACCUCGUCCGAUGAUGUCGUCUUCGGCGAGACAAUGACAGGUCGUACAGCGCCUGUGGCAGCAGUGGAAGAGAUCGAAGGUCCCAUGAUCACCACAGUUCCCGUUCGAAUCUGCAUUGAUCGAGACUCGCGAGCAUCAACCUAUCUUCAGAAUAUUCAUGACCAAACGGUGCACCGCAUUCCGCAUGAGCACAUGGGUCUGCAACACAUCAGGCGACUGAACGCGCAUGCUCGCGAGGCCUGUGAGCUGCGCACCGGUAUCGUCAUUCACCCAACGAUUGAGGAUAGCGAUGUAUCCACAAAGGAACAACCGGCGACCGCUUUUGUCCCAACUAGCGAGGCAGAGGCUGCUCGAGAGGCAUUGAAGUUCAACUCGUACUCUCUGAUGCUUGUCUUCACUGUUGACAAGAACGGAUUCCUCAUCAUGGCCAGCUUCGACUCAAAGACAGUGGAUGUAUCGCAAAUGGAGCAAGCUCUCAAGCGAUUUGAUCAUUUGAUACAGAAGAUACUCGCAGACCCAUCCCAGAAGAUUCAAAACAUCUAUGACUCUAUCGCGGAGAAGGAUUUCACUGAGCAAGUUCGCCUAUCCAUCAUCGGCCCAGCAAGCCUUCCCACGCAGGAAAUGUACGCCGAUGUCACAGCAACUUGGAUAGUUGGUCCAAGUGACAAGGACACACUCGUUCCAAUCGGGGGUGUCGGUGAAUUGAUCAUUGAGCGCGAAACUGAGCUGCCAGCCGGGGCUCUCAUUGCCAGUCCCACGUGGCACAACAGCCAAGCAAAGCUUUUUGCAACAAAUCAACUGGCAAAGUAUAGAGCCGAUGGCUCAAUCGUCAUUAUUCGCGCGAAGGAUGCACACAUUGGGCAGUCUCAGCCCAGGAUCAAGUCACAAACCAGUGCUUCUCUCACGAGCGUUGCUCAGAAGAAGCUUCAACAACUGUGGGCCCAGGUCUUGGAUAUUCCCUCACAAGACAUUCUUCUGAACGAUAGCUUCUUUGAUUUGGGUGGCGAUUCAAUUCGUGCCAUGAAGCUGGUCUCUGAAGCUCGGGCUGAUGGCCUUCAGUUGACAGUGACCACAAUCUUCGAUCACAGGUCCCUGUUUGAGAUGGCCAAACACACAGUUGAGGUUCAGCCCACAGCAACUGAACAGAGCAAUUACUCGAAGUUCAGUUCACUGGAUACACUUGAUAAAGAUGGCUUGGUUGCAGAAUUGCAGCCUAUGCUCGAACGCCCUGAAUGGGAGAUAAUCGAUGCUUAUCCCACUCGUCCAUUGCAAGAAAUUGCUGUCAGAGGUACUGUUCAGCUCCCUCGAUUCUCCACGAGAUACGAAGUCUUCUACAUGGACAGUCUUGUCGAUCGCAAUAAACUAUUCCAAAGCUGCCAGGAGCUGAUUUCGAGAAACGAGAUUCUUCGCACUGUCUUUGUGGAGCACAAUGAUGUGUCACUGGGAGUUGUGGUCAACGGUCUCCAGUCCGAGAUCAUUGAGUACGAGAUUGAAACUGACGUGGAAGAGUUCAGCCGAAAGGUCUGCGAUGUGGAUGUGCAGACCCGCAUUCCGCUGGGAUCAAGAUUCAUCAAAUUCUUCUUCGUUCGCCAUGUUGACGGCCCCAGCAGCCUCAUCAUGAGAAUUUCUCACGCCCAAUAUGAUGAGAUCUGUCUGCCGAUUCUGCUCCAACAGCUCUCGGCUUUGUAUGAGGGACGAACCGUACCAAAGAGCCUACCUUUCUCGGAGUACGUGAACUAUGUCACCCGGAAGAAUGUACCCGCCAGCAUUCCAUACUGGACGGAGCUCCUUCGGGGAUCCUCCAUGACCCGGAUCCAACCUGAUAUCCCCAUUGUCUCGGGCGCUCAUUAUGCGAUCACCAAGGAUGUCAACAUUUCCGCUCGACCGCGUGAGAUCACCGUCGCCACACUUCCUACCGCAGCCUGGGCAGUAUGCCUUGCACGCCGUCUCUCUCUUGAUGACGUUACCUUCGGUGAGGUAGUGAGUGGUCGUAACAUCGACCUCCCCAAUGGGGAUGCCAUUGUCGGACCAUCUUGGCAAUACGUUCCGGUACGAGUGAAGUUCUCGAAAGAAUGGAGCGCUCUUGAAUUGUUGCAGUUUGUUCAGCGACAACACCUUGAAAGCGCACAGUUCGAAGGAAUUGGGUUGAAGGAAGUUGUCAAGCAUUGUACCGACUGGCCCGAGUCAGUGGAUUGGUUUGAUUCUGUCGUCCACCAAGAUGUUGAACACGUCGAAGGUCUCUCAUUCAUGGCGGCCAGUAGCCGCAUGGAAACGAUUUACCCGCAUUUCGAGCCUUUGCGCGAGAUCAAGGUGCAGGCAUUCCCCAAAGGGGAUACAUUGUGCAUUGAAAUCGUCACUGUUGAAUCAUGGUCGGAGUUCGCCCACUCGAUUCUUGAUGAGAUUAUCAGCAUCAUAGAACAAUUGGUGAAUAGUGUGGAUUCCCGUGUGCUUUGA